GCACGCCAGCACCCAGUGUCUAGUCUUUUGACCUCCAGCACUUUGGAACCACACGCAUUAUUGAUGCGGACCGGGGGUUCACGUCGGCGUACGUCUUACGUUCAGCCAAUAGCACCAAGGAUGAGGAUAUAAAGCUUCAUUUUCAUAUAGCGGCGACCGCAUUCACAAUUACACGCCCGGGACUUCUUCUCUCUCCGUGGUCAAUAAAGGGGGCAAAUCGACCAAGAGGAUUUGUUUUACUGAGCUCAGUUUAAUCCCAAGACUCAGAAAAGUUCCCUCCGUUUUGAAGUUUCGAGGUCAGGAAAACAGCAGUUAUUGUUUAUUUUAUAAACUUUAAUUUGUUACAUCAUUAGUGAAGGGAAGGGACCGAAACAGUCAUCAUUUACUCUUCUUAUUGCACUUGAAAGCGACUGAUGGUUCCCACAGCGCUCUGCUCUUCACUUAGAAAUUAUUUCCUUGCUGCCCAGAAGAACUCGGGAAGGAGAUUCGGGAGAUUUUUUUUCUUCUUGAAAGACUUUUUUUUAAUGAACUAACUGUCGGGGGAUAAGAAGACUGAUGUUUUCAACAUGCUGCUGCAAUAUUUCAUCUCAUGCAGUUUGUUAUUAGACAUGAACGAAAUUAACAUUCUAAGGCACAUUUUCUAACUUCAGCAAAACUGUCAGCUUCAUCUCUUGAUAGUUCCAGAAACUCUGCAACAUUAACGUCGGGGAGCAGAGGGAGACACCCCCUUUCUCGUUUCUGAAACCAAAUCCAGGGUGGUUGCGUGCGGUUCGCUGCCAAUUAAGGGCCGCACUGCUCACUGUUCAGCCAUGGCUUUCGGCGAAAUCAUCGACAAGGUGGGCGGCAUGGGGCGCUUCCAAUUCAUCCAGCUCAGCCUGAUCUGCCUUCCAAUGCUCAUGCUGGCCAGCCAUAACCUGCUGCAGAACUUUGUGGCUAUGGUGCCGCCCCACCACUGCCAGGCCCCAAAGAACUUCUCCGAGUCCAAUCUGGACCCCAAGGACAUUGUCCUGGUCACCGUGCCUCUGGAUUCUAAGGGGAGGCCGUUCAAGUGCCAGCGCUACUCCAGCCCCCGUUGGUACCUCCUUGCUGAGAAUGGCAGCCUGGGAGACGGUUCCUCUGUCCAAGGCACCAGGAGUCCGCCCUUGACGGACCUGCAGGGCUGUGAGGAUGGCUGGGAGUACGAAAUGACGGACAGGAGCUCAACCAUCAUCUCUGAGUGGGACUUGGUGUGUGAUCUUCACUCAUACAAGCAGAUGGGACAAAGCAUUUACAUGGGAGGGGUGCUAGUGGGAGCCUUAAUAUUCGGAGGAUUUUCGGACAGGUUUGGACGUAAGAAGCUGAUGCUCAUAUCCCACUUGAUGAUGGCCGUCGGGGGGACAUGUGCUACCUUCGCCCCCUCUUUCUUCCUCUUCUGUCUGUUCCGUUUCUUCUGCGGCAUGGCCUUGUCUGGCUUCGUGCUCAACGCUCACUCUCUCAACGUGGAGUGGAUCCCGACUCAAGCGAGGACCAUGACUGUCGCGACCACCGGGUAUUGCUACACCAUGGGACAGCUCCUUCUGUCAGGGGUGGCCUACCUGUUACGGGACUGGCGCUGGCUCACCUUGGCUGUGUCGCUGCCCUUCUACAUCUGUUUCCUCUACUCUUGGUGGUUCCAGGAGUCGGCGCGUUGGCUGGUAUUGAGCGGAAAGUCGGACCAAGCCGUCAAAUGUGUGAAAACUGUCGCUCGCAUCAACGGGUGUAAAGCAGAAGGGGAAAAAAUUGAUGUAGAGGUCCUGCAGAAGUCAAUGAAGAAGGAACUGUCGUGUUCGCAAGAAACACACUCUGCCCUUGACCUGUUCCGUUUGUCAUCGCUGAGGAUGAUCACCUUGUGUCUCAGUGCAGUCUGGUUCUCCACAAGUUUUGCCUAUUAUGGACUGGCCUUGGAUCUCCAGAAGUUUGGAGUGAGCAUCUACUUGAUACAAGUGAUCUUUGGAGCAGUGGACAUCCCUGCGAAGAUAAUUAUUACAGCUUCCUUGAGCCACUUUGGAAGGUGCCGCUCGCAGUCGGUUGUCCUGAUAGUGGCGGGAGUCACCAUACUGAUCAAUAUCUUGGUGCCGUACGACCAGCAGAUUCUUCGCACCAGUCUGGCGGUGCUGGGCAAAGGCUGCCUGGCUGCUUCCUUCAACGUCUGCUUCCUGUACUCCGGGGAGCUGUAUCCCACAGUCAUCCGACAGAAUGGCAUGGGCUGGGUUUCCAUGACGGCUCGGGUCGGUGCAAUGGUGGCCCCCAUGGUGCAGCUCUUGGGGGAGACUACAGCCUGGCUCCCAGGGCUCAUCUACGGGGGUGUCCCCAUUUUGUCUGGGCUAGUCGCCAUCUUCCUCCCUGAAACAAUGUCCACUCCCCUUCCAGAGACUAUUCAGGAUGUCGAGGAGAGAAUCGCCAACAAAAAGUGCCAAAGGGCAACAAAGAAACAGGAGGCCGAGCCGAAGGACACCGACAGCUUCCCCUUGAAGGAAACUGCUUAGAGGCUUUAAGUCCUGGACCUUAUCUUCACUGUUUAUAGCACUCAAUUCAGUUUACUGGUCCAAAAUGUUCUGGACAGGGAAUGGAGUGCUGUAAAUACAAUUUUUUUAGCAUUUAAAACAGUUUUAAAACUGUUUAAAGGUUGUCUGCUGAAAGUUUUAUUCAGCAUUGUGAACAUUAUUUUCCUUAGGAUACUGGAAUAGGUAACUCUGAAAUGAAAUUUCAUAUAUAUAUGAAUAUUAUACACAGAAUGAUCUCUAUUUGUAUUACAUGAAGGGUUGCAACAUUUUAAAAAUGUUUUAAUAAACUUGGAAGUUGCGAUAAUUCCUUUAUAUUGGGACAUUUUUAGAGGCUUUAGAAUAUUCAUAGCACAUAGAUAACUAGGGAAAAUACAGCCACUGUACAAAUAAGCAAAAUCCAGAAAAUGCUUUGAAGAUACUUCUAAAAUUAUUAGAACUAUACAUAUAAUACUGUACUUGAAAUAUUUAAUAAGCUGUAUUCCUCACUGAAAAUAAGUUUUUAACGUGCCAGCUUUUUGUAGAUACACUACACCUGUUAUUUAUAACAAAAAUAUAUUUCAACUUGCAGAAAAAAUCAAAAGUAUUUGUGUUUAAGGUUUUUUUCACAUUUUUCAUUUUCAUGUUUGAGCUGUAGACUGGUGUCAUGUUCAAGAGCCACUGGGUCUAUAGGCCACAUGACCAUCAUAGUUUCAAACAUAUCCGUACUGUCGAUACACCGAAAAUGUGAAAAAAGACACUUGAGCCCAGAAUAAUAAUAUUCUCCGCCAAAUGGUUGUAAAUUCUCAUCCGAGAUUCUUUUCCAACUGAAUAAAAGUUGAGUUUUACAAAAGCUGACUAUUACUCAGUUAACAUUGUAAUGCUUCUCCUUCAGAACAAAACUGCUCCCUGCUAUUUAUAAAUCCACAUUCGGAGCUCUGCAGUAAUUAAAA